CCUCCCAUAUUUGGCUGCAGCUUCCUGUGACAGCUCCACGCACCAUGAUGGUGUGCAUGUACAGCGUGUGGCAGCGGGGUACCGUGUUCGCCGCGCGGCUCCGAAAGCAGGACUGGGCUUGUAGUUUGGCGGGCCUUUCACAGAGGUACUACAGCACGAAGACGGCACCACAGAUACCAGGCAUGGAGUACCAGGAUGCCAUUUGCACUUUGAACACACUACAGACCAAUGCCAGUGCUCUGGAGCAGGUGCGACGGGAGCGGAGUCACCCUCAGCUGCAGCUCCAGGCCAUGAGAGUCUUCCUGGAACGAGCCGGACUCGCAGUGGAGGAACUCGACCAUCUCAAUAUCAUUCAUGUGACGGGAACAAAGGGCAAGGGGUCAACAUGUGCGUUCACCGAGCAGAUUUUGAGAAGUUACGGCUUCCGCACAGGAUUUUACAGUUCGCCACAUUUGGUACAAGUCAGAGAGAGGAUCCGAAUCAACGGACAGCCGAUUGGAAAAGAGCUCUUCACUAAAUACUUUUGGCAGGUUUAUGGACGACUGGAUGAAACUAAGGACGCCCAUGGAGGAACGAUGCCUGCAUACUUCCGUUUCCUCACCAUCUUGGCCUUCCAUGUGUUUCUUCAGGAGAAGGUGGAUUUGGCUGUAAUUGAAGUUGGGAUCGGUGGUGCAUAUGACUGCACCAACAUUAUAAGGAGGCCAUGGGUGUGUGGCAUCUCCUCUCUGGGUAUAGACCACACUCAGAUUCUUGGAGACACCAUUGAAAAGAUUGCCUGGCAAAAAGGAGGCAUCUUCAAGCCAGGGGUUCCUGCCUUUACAGUCAAACAGCCAGAAGAUGCAAUGGUUAUGCUCAGGAGCAGGGCCAAAGAGAUGAGAUGUCCUCUGUGGGUGUGUCCAGAGCUGGAGGACUACCAGGCAGAUUGUGGACCUUUGCGCCUGGGCCUGGCAGGGCAGCACCAGCGCUCCAAUGCCUCUCUGGCCCUCCAGCUGAGUCACACUUGGCUGCAGAAAAGAUGUCUACCAGAUCGGAGCUUUCCCUCCACCAGCGUUGAGAACACAGCGGUGCAUCAGGUGGCUUCCUUCAAGCCCAGCCCCAUCAUGAUAAAAGGGCUGGCAGACACGGAGUGGCCUGGAAGGAAUCAGACUCUGAAACACGGAGCGGUCACCUACUUCUUGGAUGGAGCUCACACCAUGCGCAGUAUGCAGGCCUGUGUACACUGGUUCAGAGAGACCGCAACCCAGCACGAAAGAUUGGCGAGUGGCCCUGUGGCCAGAGUUCUGCUGUUCAAUGCCACAGGAGAGAGAGACUCAGCCGCCAUGCUCAAACUACUGGUGCCAUGUCAAUUUGAUUUUGCUGUGUUCUGCCCGAACAUCACUGAAGCCAUCGCUUCUUGCAAUGCAGACCAGCAGAACUUCAACGUCUCGGUGGAGAACAUGUUGACCCGCUGCUUGGACAACGAGAGAAGCUGGCAUCUCCACAACGGCCUGGGCAAUACCAAAGGUACUCCACUGCUCAUAGAGGACAGCCUGACCCUGGUCCCGGAAAAGACGGCAGACACCCUAGUCUUUCCCUGCAUCCUCACCGCCCUCCAUUGGAUCACCCAGGGCAGGGAUUCAGUGCUGGCAGACCCAGCAGAGAGAGACUUGCCAGUUAAACCCAGUGUCAUGUCCAAAGCUGCUCCGCUCUGCGAUGCGGCCGAGAUCCACAUCCUCAUCACCGGAAGCCUCCACCUUGUGGGAGGAGCCCUCAAACACCUCGACACAGCUUCCUCUAAAUAAACAGGCCAUGUCAAACUCAAACAGUUUAGAUAAUCCUCUGCUUACAUGCACAUUUACCUUUUGUGGAAGAAAAAUGAUUUCUGUCUGUAAAGAUGAGGUUUUUGACGUACUAGCUCUUGGACAGCGACUUCAAGUGUGAACCUGAAUGGGAUUAGCUCGACCCAGGUGUCGUAGCUCACUCUGAGUCCCCAAGGCAGGUCCAGUCCUCACAACAGCCCCAGCUUCACCCAGAGCCUUACAGCCGACCGUACAAACGUGCGGAGCUCACACCUCUAGUCUUAAUUGAAGUAAAAUAUGUUUACAUGAACUGCAAAGGGUACCUUCAUGUUCACCACAGUGUGAGCUGAGUUGCUUCAGUCCUCCCAGUUGUGGCAUGAUCGUUAUUAUAUUAAUUGCAGCAAAAGUGCUUCAUGGGGUUAGGUUUUCUGGUUCUUACUGUCUAGUUGGAACUCUUGACUAUUACCUUUUCACUGUCUCUUAUUUUAUUUUAUGAAAGUCAUUUUACAUGGUUUCUUUUAUUAUUUUGUAUUGAGUACAAAUGGCCUUAACAUUUCUUUUUUUAGAAGUGUACAUAUUCAUAUUGCAAAUUUCCCCGCUACGGGACUGUAACUAAAUCUAAUUCUGUGCGAUCUGUUUUACACUUGAAUGAUAGUAAUAUUUAAAUGACCCCUCAUUUGCAUUAUCUGACUGUCCUACAUACAAUUAUUUUAUGUAUAAUUUUGAAAGAUAUUGAAACUGUAUAAAAUACUGGUUCUGUGUACUAAUUUAUUCAUAAUGUCAUGAUGAUUCAUCCAGUGAAGGUCACAGAGGUCAUCAGCUUAACAGGAGGCUCAGUCACAUCCAUCCACCCUGUAACCUCGGAAUUAGUUUUGAAUUAAUUUUCAAAUCAAGACAUCAAUAAAAUGCACUUCAAUGGAACUUGUCCCAUGUAAGUAGUGAAGAUGAAAUCUGCUCACAUCUUUAAAAAUAGGCAAUAAAAGAAUAUAGAUA